CUUGGUAAGCAAAUACACUAAAUUAGGAUUAUCAGGACGAAUUUUAUACACUUAUUGGCGGAAACAUCCAAACAGCUAGAAAUAUUGAAUUGAAAUUGUUGUCGUAAAAACCGAAAUAAUUGUGUCAUGAAAUUAUUCAUUCAAAUAGUUUCCAUUUACAUCUGUUUUUUCUCUCUCAUGCCUAAGGUCAUGAGUCAACUAUCUAAUCUUCAAAUCGUCUAAAGAAGCUUUAUCUGAUGUUGAGAUUUGCGCACAUCUGGAUGACAACGAAUCUUAUAAACAUGGAUGGGCAUAGUGUAGAAAUAUCUAAUCUUAUAAACAUGUUUAUAUCCAACAUGUUUAUUUCUAAAUAUCUGUUAAACAUCGUAUUUCUUUCCUUUCUCCUUACGCACUCCUUAUAUAAACAUAAGAAAACCUAAGAAUUAUUCAUUGUUGCAAAAAUCCCAUCUGUCGAUACUCAGGUUCACACAAACGCUCUUUAUUUUUCUCUCCCAAUCUAUUAAUCCUUACAAAAUCUCAUUAUUCUACUGGCUUUACCCUGGAAGUCAUUCUAUUGUAAUUGGAAUUAUUUGAACCUAUCUUUACUGUAUUUGGUAUCCAGACGAUAAUAAAGGAUAAUCUGUUGUACGUUUCGAACACAAAACGAACCGAUACACUGCGAUUCCCCGUGGCAUCCUGCAAUGACUUACGCUGAGAUGGCAGAUGACGUGCGAAACUUUAUCGACGAAGUAUUGCCUCAACAGAUAGGAGGAUUUUCAAAAGUUCAUCUUCUUGGUCAUUCAAUGGGUGGCAAAACAGCUAUGCGUGUUGCCUUGAUGGACGAUAGCGACGUACGGCUGAAAUCGCUGAUUGUAGAAGACAUAGCUCCAAAGGCAUACAAUUUUUCUGAAUCUUUUUCAAGAAUCAUCGAAGCUAUGAAAUCUACCGACUUGACUUGUGAUCGUGUUAAAAUUGAACAACAACUGGCGACAACAAUUACCGAUAGAAUGACACGGCUAUUUUUGUUGACAAAUUUGGUAUCUACAGAUCAACGCACGUAUAGUUGGCGGUUAAAUUUGGACUCCAUUGAAUGUCAUAUUCGAGAAAUUAGUGAUAGCUCUGGUAUAGAGAAUAAGGGUAUGUAUAAUGGAAGAUGCUUGUUUGUUUCGGGCGGUAUUUCAAAAUAUGUUACGCCUAAUGAUCAUUCUCUAAUUUUGAAGCAUUUUCCAAAUACACAAUUUUCCGUAAUUCCUAAUGCAGCACAUUGGGUUCAUGCCGAAAAACCCUAUGAAUUUACGGAUGUUAUUACUAAAUUUGUUCUUUCUGUUGAAGAACCUGAAGCAGGAGAAAGGAAUGAGAAGUGCGAAGAUAAAUAAGCAAGUGCAAUUUGUUGUUUAUAUGCUUGUUGCAAAUUCGAAUAUGUGGUCGAAUUUUUGCUCUUUUAUGCUCUUUUAUACUCUAGUGAAUGUAUCUUUAUAUCUCAGUUAUUUUUUUUUUUGAAAAUUAAACAGCAUGAUAAAAGUUUGCAGAGAAGGAAAGCGAAAAUGUGAGGCUAUCAGAUUCCAUAACAGAAAAGGCCUCCUUAAAUUUCUGUCAGUUUUGAGUUCAGUUGUCAUUUAAAUAAAAUAGGCUACAAACAGAUUAUUUGCUUCGCUUAUCCUAUUUUUUCAGCAGUCGGUUUUAUGAUUUGCCUUGUGUUAUACCUUAUAUGUGAUUUGGAGCAUUUUCAUUACUAGGACUAUCACUGCGUUCACUAUCAUUCGUAUCGUCUUGCCGCUGAAUUUUAUUGAUUUUGAAUCUUCCAUUAAUCAUUGUUGUAAAUCCAUGAAAAACAGAUAAAACAUAUGUAGACUUGUUACGAUAACCAUGUAAUAUGUAAAUGAUGUUGAAAGAUGAACUGGUUGUUGACUUAAAGGUCUCCUCAAUGCUUUUUUCUGAAAAUUUAUAUCAGUUUUCCGCUUUAUACCAGUCCUUUAUAUUGUGAGCUUUGACAUAUAAUAUAUAACGAUCUUUUAAUAAUAAGUACAGUAUAAGGUCUGACCUUCUAUUAACUCCAUUCUUUUGCCACAACUGCAUCUUGCCUUUUCGAUGCAUAAAUUUAGAUUUUAAUUUCGUUUACUCCCUCUUUUCACUGUCAAAAAUAGAAAAUAUCAGAAAUGUUGCAGUUGUUGUGUUAUCUCUGUAAUGAUUAGUCCAUACCUAGUCUGCUUACUAAUUGUGGUGUACAGUUUUAAUUGGAAAACUUUAAGCAAAUGAAUUUUUCUAAAUUUUCUUGCCACUUUGAAGGGUGCGAAUUGAAAGUUGUUGGAGGAAAUAACGC